AUCAAUAAUAUUGGUGAUCGAACUAUGGCUGAGGCCGAUUUGGACGGUGAUGGGUUCAUCUCAUACGAGGAGUUUGUUCAAGUAAGCUACAAUCUUAAUGAACAUAUUGUUAGGUUCAACACGUUCACGAAUCCUAGUGUCGCCUUCGACAAUGUGGAUAUCGAGCAGAAAAUGAGCAUUCGAUUUUUGGAGUAA